AUGCAACUGUUGGCUAUCCUCCCCGUCUUCAGCGCGUUCCUGUUACACCUCGCCGCAGCCUCCCCGCGUGCCCACACGCAGCAGGCCCAGUGUCGAUGCCUACCAGGAGACUCAUGCUGGCCCAAGCCUGAUGUCUGGAAGGGCCUCAACCAAACAGUCAACAACCGCCUUAUCAAGGUCGUUCCAAUUGGGGCCCAGUGCCAUGACCCCCAUUACGACGCCAAGGCGUGUGAGGCAUUACAGGCCCAAUGGUUGAACCCGCUGCUGCACAUCGAGUCUCCGUCUUCACCUAUGCAGCUUUCUUUCGGCAACCAAAGCUGUGAUCCAUUUACCCCGAGAGAGCAGCCCUGCGAACUUGGCAAUAUUGUUAGCUACGUGGUGAACGCGACUUCGCCCAACCACAUCGCAUCGGCAAUUAAGUUUGCGCAGAAACACAACAUUCGAUUUGUCGUACGAAACACCGGUCAUGACUUCUUCGGAAGAUCAACAGGUGCUGGCGCACUCUCUGUCUGGACCCAUCACAUGAAAUCUGUGGAGCUGCUAGACUACAAAUCCGAUGUCUACACUGGCAAAGCCGUCCGUCUCGGUGCUGGCGUACAAGGCUCAGAGGCUCUCGAGUUUGCCAACAGCAAGGGCCUCGUCGUUGUCGCUGGUGAAUGUCCUACUGUCGGUGUAGCUGGUGGCUUCACCCAGGGCGGAGGCCACUCGCCAUUGAGCACUGAGUUUGGUAUGGCCGCUGAUCAAGUCCUUUCGUAUAAUGUCGUUACCGCAGACGGUCGUACUCUUCGCGCUUCCCCUACCGAGAACCAAGACCUAUACUGGGCUUUGAGUGGCGGUGGCGGCGGUACAUAUGCUGUUGUCACGUCCAUGACAGUUAGGGCACACGCAGCUGCUCAGGUCGGGGGUGGAAAGAUCGUGAUUGCAGCGAAUGCGUCAGCCCCUACUGAGACUUUCUCCAAGAUUAUCGCAAAGCUGCAUAAACUUCUGCCGGAAAUGGUCGACAACGGUGCGGCUGUUGGCUAUUUGCUUAUGGCACCAGCUCUGACCAUCGGGCCCAUUACUGUGUUCAAUUCUACAGGCGGCUUUGUCCAGAACAGUGUGGCAGCCCCUUUCCUUUCCGCCCUAGACAAGAUGGGAGUUUCAUACACAUCAGAAUUCACCACCAAAUCCUACCGCGACCACUACGACCAUUACUACGGACCUCUGCCGGUUGGAAGUGUGUUCAGCACAGCCGUCCAGUCAGGAGGUCGUUUAGUUCCCCGUGCUGCAGUGGAGGAUGCGAGUGAUGAGGUUAGCGCAGCAAUCUCAGAUAUCAUCGCCCAGCAGGCCAUCGUCGUCGGUAGUGUCGGAUCCUACACCGCCCCUACUAACAAGGUCCCUAACGCUGUGCUUCCUGCGUGGCGAAACACCCUCAUCCAGCUUCAAGUUUCCGUUCCCUGGAGCACUGAUCCCACUUACUGGCAAGACAUGCUCGGUGUUCAGACGUUCAUCAACGACGCCCUCAUGCCAAUGAUCAAGAAGGUGACUCCAGGCGGUGCUUCCUAUCUCAACGAAGCGAGCAUCAAGGAACAGGACUGGAAGACAGCCUUCUUUGGACCCAACUAUAAGAAGCUCGAAAAGAUCAAGGCGAAAUGGGACAAGGGCAGUCUUUUCUACAUUGAUAAGGGAGUUGGUAGCGAAAAGUGGAAUGUGGAUGCGGCAGGAAGAAUGUGCCGGGCCUGA